UUUGCAAAAUUGAUUUUCGAAAGCAUGUACGUAUUAAAACAGGUACUAGAACAGAAUUUCAAAUCUUAUGGACGAUGUGCGGAACGUAUGAAGUCAUUUCUAUUGUUGUUCAAAUUGUGCGGAAUGUUUGCCAACAAGAUUACAGACGGUCAAUUAAAACAUUGCUCUAAGCCAUUUUAUGGUAUUGGUGUCUUUUGGGUUGGCGUCUAUAUCUCAUAUACCUGUUUCUUGUUAAAUGAUUUUCUACAAGGUUAUAUUAAAAUAAGAACGACAGUAGACCUGAUCAAACAUUUAAUAGGGUAUAUAAGUCUUAGCAUUAACGUCAUAGCUGCUUACUCUUCGCAAAAUCACUUCGGCAAGCUUUUCGACCGACUGGAUAGUUAUGAUUACGAAGCUGCACGAUUAAAAAAUGAAAGAAGGGACAAUUUAUGGAUACCCAGAACUGCAAUGCUUUUAGUAAUAUCUAUUACUCUAUUGCUUGCAAACGUCAUAAUAUAUAUGAGAUCAACGCACCUAUUCUUUAGGAUGAUUUCAGAUAUAUGUACGAUAUGCAUGCACAUUUAUGGUACUUUGGAGAAAUCUCUCCUGUUGUAUUUGAUACUGAUACGUUUCAAACAUCUAAACGAAAAAAUCGUGCCAAAAGUAUCGUGGAACAAAACGCAAUACGAACCAAAGACGAUCGACAUCUCGAAUGUGCAAAUUAUGCACUCGAUGCUUUACGAUGCUCAGCAAGCUUUUAAGGAUAUAUACAGAAAUCCUUUAUUGAUAUGGUUUGCAAAUCUCAUGAUACAUGUUCUUGGGAAUGUACAUUUGUUUCGAGAAAUGGAGCCAUUGAUAGCUUGUGCCUUCGUUAUUCCUCCAAUUAUGCAAAUGUUAAUUUUAUGCACAAUUUGCCACUACACAGCGAAAGAAGCAAAUGAAACCAGUUGUGUCAUAAAUGGAAGUAUGACUUUGCUUGUUAACGCAGGACAAACAAUGAAAAAAAUUGAAAUCUUAACGUAUUUCUGGAACACUCGUGUGUCUUUUGAUGCAGCAGGAUAUUUUACAAUUAAUUUACCUCUAUUUCAAUCUAUUAUUGCAACGAUAACUACUUACUUUAUAUUAUUAAUAUAA